CCACAUACUCACAUAUAUACACUCACAGACUAAGGGGGCACACAGCAAGUCGACAGUUGCAGGCAGAGGCAGUUGAAACAAACUUUUUUUCUUUAACACUGCCAUAAGUGAGAGAGAUUUUGUGAGGACAACCUGCUUUCUUUUUACCAAACGUGGCCAGCCGAGCACUCGAAACCAAACAUAUAUUACUGUAUGUGUAUAUAGACAGGACUUGUGAAGAGAUGAAAGACAGACCAUUCUGUUAUUGAUGUUUCAAUGGAAGGAUAAGUUAACUCCAGGUAAAACACCUUCAAUCGCCGUCCCGUGAUUAAGAACUACUCUCUCUCUUAUUUGGGAAAACAAGAACAAAAACAAAACCAAACAAAAGCCUCAAACAUUCUGGAAAUAUCAAACUACAAUGGCGACAUACCGUGAGGAAAUUGUGCGAGCAGAAUUGAAAACUCCACCUGCUGGGCCACCGCUAACCCAAAAGUAUCAAGUGCAAGUCCGAGCUGUAAAAAGUCAGAGCAGUGAAAGUGGAGAUGAGCACUGCACAUGUUGUCCGUAUGGAUACCACAUUGAUUUGGAUUUUCUCAAGUACUGCGAAAACAUGUCAAAUGGCAACACACUUAAACAGCUCAAGAAAAUCAAACGCAACAAAAAGAAGUUGCGUAAAUCAAUGGAAUUCAUAUUGGAUCAGGAAAGUGGGACGGCGACUGAAAACUAUGGUGAACUUCCACCCGACAUUGUCCACUCAGCUGACGCUAGCCGCAUUUUAAAUAUUGUUGAGUAUGAAUCAUCAGCGACACGCAACAUUCUUGAGGAAAUUGAUUCGUCAGUGAAUGCCAAGAUUAAAAUGGCUGGGAGACAGUCUUACGUGAUGCAAUCUGCCUAUGACAACAAUGAUACCAGUGAAACAAUGCAUGCUAAAUUUGGUACCUUUUCUUACAAGAAUGCUGUUCAGGAAGACGCUUCUGUUCCCAGUACGUUGGGCCGAACUGACUCUGUGAGUUCCAUCUCAUCCCUGUCUACAGUUUCUAGUGAACAAAAUUACCCCACAACUAACACAAUGUACGAACAUUCCUCACAGCACACAAAAAGUACUUACCGAACAACCACAGUAACGUCAUCAGAAUUGGCAGCAACCAUAGCAACACAUUUUCCACAACAGAAUGGUUCUAGCCCAGCCCAUAAUUCUGUAACCUUUGACAGCCAAAAUUCGACAAUGAUUAGCAAAGCAUCUUUGGAGGCAAUCCGCGAAGCAAUGGCUGUUAGCCUCCAACGAAUGAGAGAACUGGAAGAACAAGUGAAAACAAUUCCAGUCCUGCAAGUUCGGAUUUCUGUCCUCAAAGAAGAAAAACGGCUCCUGAUGCUGCAACUGAAAGCUCAGACCCACAAACUCAAUCAAAGAAGCGUUGGUGUUAGCAACAGAACAACUACUUCAGAAAAAACUGUAACAACUUCAGAAAGAUCUUGUAGGACUCUAGAAGAAAUAACCAGCCGUAUUCAUGUAGAGCCUCCAAAACAGAUUGAACAAAUACAACAUAAGGCAUACCCUCAACCUCAAUUUCACACGGUUCAGACUGUUGCUGUCAUGAAGACUCCCGCUACUCGUUCCAUAGGAAUUGGAGACCAUUCAGUUGAGGAUCCUUAUGACAUCCAACCUGACUUGAGUUCAGCAUAUUUCUCAAAAUAUCCAGAUACUCAUACUGAGACUUGGGAAAAAGAAACCAUCAUUUUGCAACCAAUUCAGUCAGAAGUUUCCCAUGUUUCUCAUGUUUCUCAACUUGCCCAACAUGUUUCUUCUACAUCAGCUGAACAUCUUGUUUCCUCGAGCCCAGCUGCUGUCAGAAGCCCCAAGCCGGUUACUCGAACUGUAGGUGUCGGUGAUGGAAAUGUCUAUGACCAAUCUGAUUCUGGUCUCCACAUUCACGAGAAAGAACUUCGCACACUUAUUAUUGGUCAGCCAUCAACUUCCCUGUCUAAACGUAAUGUUGGUGUUGAGUGCAAGGUAUCAACAAGAGAUGUUGGUAUUUCUUAUAUCUGUGAUGACUUGAAGCCUUCUAUGCGUUCAGUAGGUGUCGGUACUGACGAUGGUAGCCUUUCAUCCACCUUGAAUAUUCGUUUCAAGAGUGAAGAAAUCACAACAGCUAUACGUCAAGUUUUGAGUAAAAAUGUCCGCAGCGUAGGAGUUAGUUGUCACUUGCAUGCAUCAGGUAAAGAGGUAGGAACACAAUACAGAUGGGAGGUGAGUACUCGUAGCAUGGGUUGUGGUAAUUACAGAGUAGAUGAUGUUCCUCCUGAGCCACAGAAACAAGUUCGCACAUUUUCUGUUGCUUGUGAAGCCAAACCCACUGUGACACACCGUUACUGUCUGACUGAAAAAGGAUUGACUAUGGAGCAAGGUACACUCACUGAUUCUCUAAAUGUGGAAAGCCGAUUCACUAACACACCCAGAGCGCUGUGUGUUAAUUCCUCGACAAUAACAGAUAAUCCAAAGCUCAAGGUGGAUGGCUGUCAAACAGAUGUCAAAAUAUUCAUGGCUCUUGAACAGAUUUGCAAUCGCAGCUGUAACACAGAUAUUCCAAAUCUACAGACAGUUGGUGUCAAUACACAACGGCCUACUCUCACGACAUCCAACUAUGAACUCGAUAUCUUCUCAAUUGAAAAUAUAAAAGAAAAAAUCGAACAUUAUCAAACGUACACAGAGAAAACUAUUUCUGGCUCUGGUGAAAGUUCUUUUUCACAAUCGAGCACGACCUCCAGGUCAGGAGACCUCUUACAGUAUGGUGAUGGUACUACCAUUCAUAACAGACGACAGGGUGAGUUUCAAGGUCAGUCUUUACAAUCGUCAUCAUCUGUAACAUCAGCACCAUCAAUGGAAUACAAUACAAUUAAAUCCUCUGUCACAUACGAGUCUUCAGGAGGACAGUCUUCAGAUGACCAGUCUUCUGGUAGACAUGGUGGUACUCAAGGUGUGACUGUGAAGCAACGGUCGGUGAAGGCUCCAGACAUGAUGUCCUCCUCAUCAAGUGUAAAAACAACUACAUAUUUUCAGUCAGAUGCUCUUGAUUCUGACUCUAAAACUUCCAAAUCUUCCACUUUAGAUGCUGAGAGAAGUGCAUUUCUGAGAGAUAUGGCUGAAAGUGCAAAAAUGUCAAUGAUGGGUCUAACAGACUCUAAAACUGAAGGUCAGACAGUUAUUUCAGGCGUCAGACAUAAGCAAGCUGAUGGUGCCAAUGUAACUGUCAGCUCAAGAGUUGGUGGGAAUCAACAAGUUAGUUUGGGUCCCAUUGUAGACCAACAAUAUGGCAUGAGUUCCACUGGAGAUCAACGAUAUAGUUCAAGUGUCACAGGAGACCAAUGGGUUAGCUCAAGUGUUUCUGGAGAUCGAGUUAGCUCAAGUACAACUGGAGAUCACCAGUUUAUCUUGAGUUCUACAGGAGACCAACAAAUUAGCUCAGGCUCUGUUGGAAACCAGCAAACCAGUUCAAGAAUCACUGGAGAUCACUCGGUCAGCUCAAGCUCCGCUGGUAAUGAAUCAGUUAGUUCAAGUGUCAUUGGAGGUCAAUUGGUGUAUUCAACUGGAGGCCAGUCUGUCAGUUCAAGAGACUCUGGAGAACAUUUAGUUAGUUCAAGUGCUAUUGGAGAUUCUUCAUUCAACUCAAAUGUCAGUGAAAUUCAGGUUGUUAGCUCAAAUUUAAUCAAAGAUCAAGCAGUUAGCAGCAGUUUUAAACCUUCAGCUGAAAAUGUAGUUGUCUUACAUGGAACUGAGCAAAGAGGGUAUAUGGGCAGUGGUGCUAAUGAAAGGACAGUGACCAGAUCAUCUGGAAGUAGUGUCUCUGAUUCGGAGGUCUGCUUUCCUCAAGAGUAUACUAUCUCUGCUCAGACCGUAAACAUACAGCAUGUCGACUCUUCAAGAUCUAAAGAUGGUAAAGGAUCACGAGAACAGGAGGUUAGGACUAUUAGUGACCGUGGUAAUGUAGACACAAUUGAAGGUGGUGUAUUGAGUGGAGGGACUCACAUGGUGUCUGGAUCAAUGUACGGUAGGUCCUCUGGAUCAUCCUCUGAAACGAUGCUCAAAACAUUAGUGCCUUCUGAACAGGAUCAAACUAGAAAGCAAACUAAACAACUUCACACUGCCACACAUUCGUCAGAUGUUUAUGGAUUAGGGUCAGAUUAUCGAACAGGCAUCGCUUCAUCAGGAUAUAUUACUGGAAAAGUUCCACGUGAUGAAUUUUCUCACCAAUCGCUGGUGACAAGCAUCAGAUAUGUUUCUGAGCCUGUUUCUGAAGUCUCUUCGACUGAGGUACUCUACAGAACUCCACAAUCACCGCAAAGUUCUGGCAGUGUUCAUGGUAAGACUAUCACAUAUUCUAGUUCUUCAGAAAAACCAUCCAUGGUUACAACAGUCCACAGUGAGGGGUCUAGUUCAACAGAUCAAAAUCUUUCGAUUGAACCCAUGCUCACCAGAACUAAAAUGAUAUCAAAAUCUUCAGAAUCUCCUCAGAGUACUGCCAGAGUAUACAGUGAGAAAACAACACAUAGUAGUUCUUCAGGGACUCAUAGACUGGCAUCUGAACCUGUAGUUACUGUUACUGAGACUAUCUAUAAGUCUCCGGAAUCUUCUCAGAGUACCAGCAGAGUAUAUAGCAAGAAUACAACACAUAGUUCUUCGGGGGCACCAGUUGUAACUGAAGUGGUCCGAAGUGGUGAAGGUUACUCUACAAAUCAAAGGCUGGCAUCUGAACCUGUUGUUUCUAUUACUGAAACAAUCUAUAAGUCUCCAGAUUCUUCUCAGAGUACCAGCAGAGUGUAUAGUAAGAAAAUGGUGUACAGCAGUUCUUCAGGAGGGCCGGUUGUAACUGAAGUAUUACAUAGUGGUGAGGGUGAUUCAGCUGAUCAAAGGCAUUUCUUCGAACCUAUGCUCUCUGCAUCUACAGCAAUGUCUAAAGAUUCUGCUUCUUGUAAUAACAGCAAUGUUUAUUCAAAAAAGACUGUGUAUACUCAUUCUUCAGGUACACCUAUUGGACAAAGAGAAUUCAGAGAUGACAGAAACAUAGAGUCUCAUCAAAUAUCUGGGUUAAGUACUUCUCUUUCAGAGAGUAGCCAUAAUAUUGAAGUAUCAAAUACAGACAGUGAUUCAGUGGCUGCAUCACUUUCCCUGUCAUCAUCAUCAUCUCAAAAACUGGAAGACCUCAGUUCAUCUGCAGACUUCCCUGACAGUGUGUCGUCUUCUCGUAUUUGUGCAGAUAGUGUUCCAUCUUCUGUUGACAGUGCUGACACCAGGUCAUCUUCUGGUGACUGUCCGCAAAGUGUUAUGUCGUCUUCAGACUCCCUUAAGGCAGAUCUCGACCGAUUGGGUAUGGAGAUGUUCACAAACAGGCAGAGCAACAUGUUGGGUUUAGAUGCUAACAAAAUGCACACAGAAUAUUCUCAGAGCAGUGGUUGGAAUCCUGAAAAUACAACAUAUUCUUUCCGAAUGACUGAGACUGUAACUACUUCAUCCUCAGUUGGAAGUGAACCAGACUUGAGUCGAGAAGGAGGAACGAGUUUUGAAAAUAGGCAUGCUCUUUCCUACGGUAACCUCAGUGAACCUAAUAUCCAGCUGAAAUCAUGUAUAAAGAGAAGCAGUUCAGAACCUGGCGCCAAGAAAGAGAUUUCUUUUGCUGAAAGUGUACAGGGCGGAUACGAUUCAAGUAGUAGUUCUGAAGAAUCCAGUUCGGACAGCAUAGACUUGGAAGAGUCUGGCUCUUUGAGUGGAAGCAGCAGCAGUAGCAGCAGCAGCAGCUUUGAGGAGGGUUCAUAUGAUGGGAGGCAGGGAAACAUUAUUUAUAGCUGUAAAGAUGAUGAGGCAAUUGCCCGUGGUGUGCCUGGCGCGAAGAUGUUCGAUCAGAACAUUCGUGAGACAUUUGAGCUGUCAGCAGAGAUGAGGAAUGCUUGUGAGAUACUCCACAUCUAUCUGGAAGAUUCCACCCGGGUACAGACUAAAGAACUUAAUUCGUGUCUUGACCAAAUACGACAGGAAUGGUUCAAAGUGUCCAGUCACAAACUGUCCAAUCCACACCAAGUUGAAGACUAUUUGUCCAGUUUCAAUGAAAUUGACAAGAAAUUACUCAAAUACAUAGUAAACCUACUCGAUUCCAAUGGGAAUUGUUCCAUCCAUUAUUCCGUAUCACAUUCCAAUUUUGAGAUUGUCAGCCUCUUGCUGGAUACAAACGUCUGUGAUGUAGACAAACAGAACAAAGCCGGCUAUUCCGCGAUAAUGUUGGCCUCCCUCGCAUAUGUACAGACUGACGCUCACCGAGACACCGUUAAGCGACUCUUCAGAAUGGGUGAUGUCAAUGGGAGAUCGUCGCAGGCCAAACAAACUGCCCUCAUGCUGUCUGUGAGUCAUGGCCGAGGUGAUAUGGUGAAGUUGCUUCUGGAAUGUGGUGCUGACAUUAACUGCCAAGAUGAAGAUGGCUCCACGGCUUUGAUGUGUGCCUGCGAGCACGGACAUAUUGAGAUUGUGAAGACGCUGAUUACUGAUCUGCAAUGUGAUGCCUCACUAACUGAUAAUGAUGGACAGAAUGCUUUGGCUAUUGCCAUGGAGGCUGGCCACAAAGACAUUGGUGUUAUACUUUAUGCUCAUUUGAAUUUCUCAAAACAGCCUGUGUCUCCUGGUUUAUACAGGAAACGAAGGACAAGUUCAGAUUCUUCAUCAUCUGCUGCAAGCACACCUCGGUAGAAGAUCCACUCCCACCAAAUACCAGAGACACCAGAAAUUAGAACACGCAUGCCACACACACACACAAUCACACACACAAUCACACACACACACUCUCAAUUCUCAUCCUGCUUUUAUUAUUAUUAUUAUUAUUAUUAUUUUUUAUUAUAAUUUAUUUUUAUAGUGCAUAUUAUUUUAGGUUCUGUUCUGCUUGUUUUUUUUCUUUUUUAUUUCAUUUCGUCUUUCUUUCUCUUUUCAUUCUGUGGCAAUCAAUAGCAUAUAUAACCAUUGAUAAAGAAGAGAUAUACCCACGCAACACUCACACACACACACAUACACAUAGCUGUGUGUGUGUGUGUGAAUAAGAAACAUAGACACAUACACAUAUUUUGGGUACUCACACAUGCACAGGAGGCACUCACACACACAUACUCAAGCUAGGAGUGUGCUAAGCAAGAAAGAAAGAGACAGCAAAGUCUAUCUGAAGAUAACAACAAUAAUCCUUUCUGUUUUUUAUCAUAGAGAUUAGGCAUUCUGUACAUUAUUUACAUUAGAUCUGUGUCCUCAUCUUUUCAGCUGAUUACAUCACAAACUUUUCAGCUGAUUUACUCUCCGGCCUUCAUCAGGUGUUCAGUUCCAGGCAGUACCUUGACUUGAAUAAAUAAUAAUAAUAAAGACAUCAGCAAAAAAAAAAUACCUUAGGAAUGAGAACCCAGGGUUGGG